AUGUACUUUUCGCUUCAUGCAUUGGCCGUACCUAUAGUCAAGCGUUCCGUGAAUGGACCGGUCAUCUCCUCGGACUUCCCCGACCCCUCGAUACGCAGGGUUGGAGACACGUGGUAUGCAUUCGGCACGACCGUCAACAACGGAGCCAUCCAUGUGCAGAUUGCCAAAUCGUCAGACUUUCAAUCUUGGACAGUGACGGGCAAGGAUGCGUUACCGAACUUACCUUCCUGGGUGUACAAGGACAAGCCUCUCGUAUGGGCGCCCGACGUUAUACAAAAUGACGCCGGCAAAUGGGUGUUGUACUUCAGUGCAUCCAAAGACGCCAAGUACCACUGCAUUGGCACCGCGACCUCCGACGUCAUCGAGGGCCCGUACACUCCUCAGGACGCGGCUUGGGCAUGCCCUCUCGACCAAGGCGGCGCCAUUGACGCCUCGAGCUUCGUGGACUCUGAUGGUUCUCGCUACGUGACGUACAAGAUCGAUGGCAACGCCAAAGGCAACGGUGGAGUGUGUAAUAACGGGGUCGCUCCAAUCCAGUCGACGCCCAUUAUGCAGCAAAAGGUGGCCGGCAACGGUAUCGACAAGAUCGGCGGGGCGUACCAGCUUCUGGACCGGUCCGACGGCGACGGCCCGCUCAUCGAAGCGCCCAGUAUUGGCAAACUUGCCGACGGACGCUACGUGUUGUUCUUCAGCUCGAACUGCUAUUCGACAAUCAACUAUGACGUAACGUACGCGCUGGCGGACAGCGUAUCCGGCCCCUACACUAAGCACGGCCCGCUCCUCGUCUCGCAGGGCAAGUACGGCCUGUGGUCGCCCGGCGGAGCUAGCGUCACGGCCGACGCCACAAAGAUCGUCUUCCACGCCUAUCUUAACGCCGGCAGCAGCAUCCGCGGCAUGUACACGGCUGACAUUACGUUCGAUGGCACCACGGGCAUAGCUUGA